UGCUCGUUAUAUAUAUGAAUGCGCGCAUGUGCUGUAGAGGCAGUUGUAUUUUAGCAGACAAGGAUAACGAGCCUGCCAAUCCAGCAGAUUAGCCUCUUCUAAAACUCAGCCUGAUCCUCUAUCACUUGACAGCUUAGCAGCUAACAGCUAGCCUGGUAACGUUUACUCAGUGCAGCCAGUGUAGAUGAAUGAGCAGGGUGCGUUACCCCAGCCCCGCUCCAAUUACAGCUCUGCUCUGAUGGGCGUGAUUCCUCAGUGCUAGUAAGCUAAAGUUAGCUGCUGGCCUAGUGGGGAAGGCUACAAAUAACCCGAGGGGCUAACGGUUGUUAAGCCCAGACGUCCAUCCAGCACCAUGGGAAAGAAGAGUCGAGUGAAGACUCAGAAGUCGGGCUCAGGAGCCAGCGCUGUGGUUUCCCCCAAGGAGAUGAUGAACCUCAUCUCUGAACUGCUGCAGAAAUGCAGCAGUGCAGCACCCUCUGCUGGUAAAGAGUGGGAGGAGUACAUCCAGAUCAGAGGCUUGGUGGAGAAGAUCCGCAAGAAACAGAAAGGUAUGUCGAUAUUAUUCGAGGGAAGCAGAGAGGACCACUUCCCAGAUUUGAUGUCCUGGGCUCAGGAAAACGGGGCGUCCUGCGACAGCUUCACAGUGGCCAACUUUGGAACGGAGGGCUACGGCCUGCGGGCCACCAGAGAGAUCAAGGCAGAGGAACUUUUCCUGUGGAUUCCCAGGAAGAUGCUAAUGACGGUGGAGUCAGCCCAGAACUCUGUAUUGGGUCCUCUGUACAGUCAGGACCGGAUCCUACAGGCCAUGGGCAACGUGACGCUGGCCUUCCACCUGCUGUGUGAGCGGGCCGACCCUGCUUCACCCUGGCUGCCGUACAUCCGCAGUCUUCCUCAGGAGUACGACACGCCGCUGUUCUACCAGCAGGACGCGGUGCAGCUGCUGCUGGGCACGCAGGCGGUGCAGGACGUCCUGAGCCAGUAUAAAAACACUGCACGCCAGUACGCUUACUUCUACAAAUUGGUACAGACUCAUCCUGCCGCCAGCAAACUGCCCCUGAAGGACAGCUUCACAUUUGAUGACUACAGGUGGGCGGUGUCCUCUGUGAUGACCCGUCAGAACCAGAUCCCUACUGAGGACGGCAGUCGGGUCACUCUGGCCCUCAUCCCCCUCUGGGACAUGUGUAACCACACAAAUGGACUGAUCACCACCGGCUACAACCUGGAGGAUGAUCGCUGUGAAUGUGUGGCACUGCAGGACUACAAGGAGAACGACCAGAUCUACAUCUUCUAUGGCACGAGAUCCAACGCUGAGUUUGUCAUCCACAACGGCUUCUUCUUCCAAGACAACGCCCAUGACCGAGUAAAGAUCAAGCUGGGCGUCAGUAAGAGCGAGCGCCUCUACGCCAUGAAGGCCGAAGUGCUGGCACGAGCUGGCAUCCCAGCGUCCUGUAUCUUCGCUUUGCACUGUAAUGAACCCCCCAUUUCAGCCCAGCUUCUAGCCUUCCUCAGAGUGUUCUGCAUGACAGAGGAGGAGCUGAAGGACUACCUGCUCGGAGACCGUGCCAUCAAUAAGAUCUUCACCUUAGGCAACAGCGAGUUCCCGGUCAGCUGGGAGAACGAGAUCAAGUUGUGGACUUUCCUCGAGACCCGAGCUGCUCUGUUGCUCAAGACCUACAAGACCACCUCAGAGGAGGACCGCUCCAUGCUUGAGAAACCUGAUCUAUCUCUCCAUUCUCGCCUGGCGAUCCAGCUCCGCCUGGCCGAGAAGCAGAUCCUGGAGAAGGCGUCGGCCAGCGGACGGGCCAAACGUCUGCACUUUGAGAAAAAGCUAGAGGAGGGCGCUCCGCUGCCUCGCUACGAGGAGAGCGAUAUCGCUUUGCUGGAGAACACUGAUGCAGAUGCAAAGCUUCCUAUUAUCCUGCGCAAGCUAGAGGAGGUGCAAGAAAGCCAAGAGAUCCAGGUGGAUGAGCACAGUCUCCUACUGAACGGGGAGAAGGCUGUGUAUGGGAUAGAUAUGGAGGCUAACGGAGAGCCAGUGCAGGAGGAGACUCGGGAGAAGGUCAGCAAAGAUGUGCAUUCAGCUUUGGACUCGAAUGAAAGUUCAAGCAAGAAGGGCCAAAGGGAAGUGGCCAACCUAAGUGCCAGUCGAACUGAAGAUAAUCCCAAAGAGAACAGUGAAUGAGUAAACUUACUGCCACAGCCCAUGCUAUUUAUUUAUUUUUGUGUCUCUUAAAUGACUCAGAAAUAUAGAAGCUGAAAAAAUUUUAAUUCAAAGUCGCAGAACUUUUCCGACUGUAUGUUCAUCCAGCGUGGCUUUUCUUAGUUGUCCGCUGCUGAACUUGUUUAAAAAAUACUGCCGGCGUGUCCCUCAGCCCUCUGCGCAGAACAGGAUUUGAUUUAAAAUUUGCUUUUGUUUUACGUUGUAAGUUUCAAACCUACGUUUACAUUCAAACAUUUCGAGGCCUACAGCAUAGGAAGAAAGCAGGGGUGGGGGGGCACAAACUGGUUCCAGCAAGUUAUUAGGUGAAUGUUAUUUCCACAAAGCCAAAAUCUCUCUAAUCUCGUGAAUUGGUUGUUUUAUUACGGCAGUUUGUCUCCAUAUAUGUCCAGUAUGUUUUGAGUUGACAAUCGUAUUCUCUAGUGCAUUUCGUGGUGUGCUACUGAGUCAAGGCCAUCUACUCCCUUUUUUUCUGGUUAAAAUCACUUUGAGCAAAAUAACUGAAGGAAAACAUAGAACGGUGAAUGGUACCUGUUAUGUUUCAGUAUGACAGGCCAAAAUGGAAGAUGGUUUUUGCUUUUUCAGUAAAAAACGUUAUUUUUACCAUCAAAUUCCCAUCAUUACAUAGCUUCAGCCCUCACUAAGAAACAAAGAAUUUUAGUUUUAUUUUGUUUUAAAAUGUAUCUUUGUGAAUGUACUGCAGUGAUUCUCUGCAGAUGCCAACAAAAGGGAGUGAUGAGUGAGCAGCGCUGACUGUUGUUGCCCUUGAGAAAGCCAUAUACAGCACUGAGGACGAUGGCGGUUCAUGUGAGGUCUCCUGUUGGAAGCUUUUUGCUCGUCUGCCUUAAAAUGAGGCGAUUUCAACAUGACGCUUAUUGUAUGAAAAACACAGAAGCACUGUCAGCAGGUUCUUGCUCUCCUUAGUUUGUGUUAACUGUAGGGGUGGCCCCAACUACUCCGACUCUUUUGCACUGAUACAAAGCCAAUACUGACUGAAUCACUGACAGUCGAUGCAUCGUGGAGGGGAAAACGUGCAGCUUUCUUAUCAGUUAGAACAUUUAACCUUUUCAUAAGUGCGUAGUCAUGGGUACUCCCAGUUUCACCCAUUGUGUCACCUCGUUAUCUCACCCACUAACUACUAUGUGCUUCAGCUCUUCUACAGUAACGCAGCGACACAGUGUUGUUUAUAGUGCUACUGUACGUGGCUCAUUUUUACAUAAACAUGAUUGAUAUACUUGGAUGAAAUAAAGUCAAGCUCAACCUACUAUUUUUAUCGGAGGUUUCCACCACAAUUCACAGGGUCUUCAUCAGUGCCCUCACAUAGUACGUAGUACGGUACCCUGGUCGGACGAUAACAAGUGGCCGUAUAGGCUGUCUCCCUAACAAUCGGAAUCACGAAAACCAGAGUCCACUCGCAUUGCGUCAGUCGAAUCAGAUUGUUUUCCUAACAUGACCUCACUACAAAAGUAAUGGAACAAGGGAUAUGGAGAAGGUCGACGGCAGUCAGUGAAGUCGGCUAAACUACUUCUGAACCAGACGCUCCCCUUGCUGCCCCCCCAGUGUGAAUCAAUCUUCAGCUGACAGUGGCAUCAGCAGCCAGUCAGGAGAGGGGACUAUAACUGAAAUUUGAGCGUGACACACUUAUUAUGUCUCUGACUGUGUCCAUCACAGAUGACCAACAAAGGCAUUCGAACAUGAGCCUUACAGGCAGAACAUGAGACUCGUGUAGGCUGUUGGAGGAGUUUAGUGUGGUGUGCCUGGACUGUAACUACAAGCCAUACAUUAUAUAUUUAGGGAAGGUGUAUAGGUGAAAAACAGCAGUAAUAAUAAGUGUGGGUUUGUAUAUAUAAAGCCAAAUAUAUGUGUAGACAAAGCAUAAACCAAAUGAUUGUACUGAGGCCGAACACACAGCCAACUGUUUCCAUGUGAUCGAAGUACCGUAGUUACUAUAGUGUGAGGAAAUGCCAUUUACUGAUGAAGACUGUGAGAUGUGGUUGAAAGCCUCCCAAACACACUAUUAAGUGUACCUUCAGUUAAGACUUUUUUUAAGUAAAGUUAAGUAAGUACUGUUCCAAAAGUACAGAACGCUCUCGAUGGAUCCAUCAGUUUCCCAGAGCUCAAGGUAACGAAGGUAAGAAAUUGCGUUUUUUUCCGACCAACAAGCCAAAUCCACUUCAUCUUACUCUCAUUAAAGAGUAACAAAACCAGAAAAUAUUUAUAGGCUUCCAGUCUUUCCACCAUUCUUUGAUUCAAAAAUGACUUAAACAAUAUAUUGCUUAUCAAAAUAGUUGACGAUUCAUUUUAUGUCGACCGACUAAUCAAUAAAUCAACCAGUUGUCUUUAGGCUACACAAAGUGAGAACUUUGGUUUUAGGGGGAGUCAUGUGCUGAAACUAGCCUAUCCUUGCUAUAUGCUAAUGAGGCUAAUCACCUCCCGGUUCCAGCUCUGCACCUAACACAGACAUAAGAGUUAUUGAUCUUCUCAUCUAGUUCCCAGUAAGAAAGUGAAAAAGCAUAUUUACCAUAAAGUUGAACACUUUCUUUAAAGUUACAGAGACCUGUUAAUAGUUCUGUUAAAAGUGGUUUCCACAUUCUUUGACUAAUCGAAAUAAAGUUUUAUAACCUGGUCUCCUCUACUUGAUAUGGAAAUAAGUGUUUGCUAACAUCGAUGAUUAGCACCACUGGUUUGAUUACACUUUUUCCUAUAGAAACAGAUGUAAGUACCUCCUGUGACUGUCAGUGAACCUCGGCUUUGGCUUGGUGAUAGUUAGAAUAGAUAGAUAGUUGGUUAGAAUCGACCAGCUAAAAUGUAAGUUGGGCUCACUCCUAGUUAACCCGUAAAGUUAGGAUUAAACUAACCUUGCCAUGUUGUCAGCUGACGGUCGUGUGAAAGGCAAUGAAUUCUCACUGCCGCUGUGUUCUCCCUUCAAGUGGUACGACCAAAUCUAGGUGUUCUCCUUAGGUCAGAUGUUUAUGGCCACUUUGUACCACAUGAUGCUCAUGUUUUGUAUCACGUUUGAUGUGUCACGGUCAUUCUGUGGUUUGAGCACUUUUCCAUCACAAAUCUGUAUUUUUUAUGCAAUCAUGUACUUUUACCAACCUUACUGGUAACAUUCAGUCUGUUUGCUGCUUUUCUAAAGACCUCUGUACCAUAGCGCGCGUGUGUGUGUGUGUGUGAGAGUGUGAGGGAGAGCUCCUAGCUUUAACCUUAGACUCAACAACUCCUGACCAGGUACGUUGCUAUCCAGUUGAACCGGACUCCUCACAUUUCACCAUAUGCAGUAGUUGUGGGUUUCUCUGUGUAAAACCAACCCUGGACUGUACAGUCAAAGCUAGAGUUGAUAAGGCAACUUGUCCUGAAGAGAUUAAACUUCAUCUCAUUUCUCA